AUGCCACCACCCAAGCUUCCUGUGAUCAAUCAUCUCUGCGAGUGCUCGGAGUGCACACUCCAUCCUGGACCCUGCCCAGUGACAGGGCUUCCUUCCUCCGGCCGCUGGAUCCCAGAGAAGGAAGCCAAAGCCCAUAGGAAGCUCGAGGAGAAACGGGGCCUUGCUUCAUCGAAACUUGCGCCUUAUCGCAUUGAUUCAUCAAGCACACUAUCCCCUCAAACCGUCGGAGUCUCCGAACCGUCCAAUUUGCGACCUUUCACGGCGUACCAACGACCGAUUGCGAGCUCGAGUCGGCCGACCGCAAACGAUGGCAGCAAGAAGAAGUACAAAACGGUUGAGAAGAACAGUCACCCCAACGACUCAGCCUCUUCAGCCAUCAAUUUGUUACUCGAGGAAAUUCGACCGGCCGACCAAAUAUUCAACGAUCCAGCAACGAUUCUUUGCUUCUCCACCUCGCCAGGGGCUUCUCAGCGCUCGCCCGCCCUUUCGGACCCGGAAUUAGAGGAGAUUUUAUCCUUGGACCCCUCCAUCGCUGCCAAUUCCCAAGCCAUCGGCUACCUUGGCCUACUGGAACGGGCGCACGCCUAUGCAGUGUCCCAGAAGGGCCACCCGAACGUGUCUGUUCGACUCAGAGCGACCACAUUGAUGAAAACCGUCGAACGCAACCGCAAACGAUGUCAGGAACUGUUACUUAAGGAGUGGGAGCGCCAGAAGGAGGUAUCCCUUCAUAGCAAUGUUUUCAAUACUAGCCACUUCUACUCGAAUAAGCGCCAUUUGUUUAGCAAUACCGUCCUUGCAAUCUACCUAAUCGUCUCCACCCUGCAUCUCCUUUCAAAUAUAUCCAUCGACGACUGCACCUUCUUGUUGAAAUCAUUCGCCCUCGUCACGUCUCUUCAAAUCAUCGAGUCCGGUAUUAGCACCCUCCCCCUUCACAGUUCCGCAAGCCAUGUUCGUCUCGAUAUUCGUCGCAUCAUAGGUCCCGAGUACCUCGACCUGAUGCCUCGAUCUCGCGCCUACAUCUGCUGUCCGCAAUGCUUCAGGCUCUACUGGGUAGAUCCAUCCCUCCCUGCUACCAGUCGACCAGAGCUCUGCACUGCCAUCACUUUUGGCGCUGUUUGCGGAGCUCGUUUACGAAAGAGGCGAAAAACCCGCUCAGGCGUUUCCGAAACACCGAUCCGUGAAUUUCAUCACCAAGAGUUCAACGAAUACCUUGGGCGUCUGUUCGCUCGCCCUGACCUUCAAGACUAUCUAUAUUCCGAUCCCACAGAAAGGUUCCCGAACAAAGACUUCGUUUGGGACAUCUGGGAUGCAACUGCACUUCGAGAUUUCAAGGACAGCGACGGGACGACAUUCGUCAAGGCUCCAAAGGGGGAGAGUCGUCUUGUCUUUAGCCUCAAUAUGGAUGGCUUUAACCCAUACCGCAACAAAGAGGCAGGAAAGAAGGUGACGGUAGGGGCUCUGUACAUGGUCUGCCUAAACCUACCACCGACGAUCAGAUACGAUCUUGAAAACAUCUACCUUGUUGGCAUCAUUCCCGGUCCUCAAGGUCCUUCCCAACACGAACUCAACCACCUUCUUCGUCCGCUUGUCAAGGAUCUGCUGAGGUUAUGGAGCCCUGGGGUUUACCUCACCCAAACGUUUCGCUUCCCUGAAGGCUGCACUGUCCGCGGCGCUUUGGUCCCAUUGGUAUGCGAUCUGCCAGCUUCGCGACAAACGAGCGGCUUUGCCCACUACAAAUCCAACAAGUUCUGUUCGGAAUGCCAUCAGUGUUUGGACGACAUCAAUGACCUCGACGUCGAAAAUUGGAGAAGGCGAAGCUGGAAAGACCAUCUCGAAUGGGCUAGGAAAUGGAAAUCGGCAUCUUCUCUAGCCGAACGAGAAGCGAUCACCCAUGAACAUGGAGUGCGCUGGUCGGAGCUGCUGCGAUUGCCAUAUUGGGAUCCUACCGCCUUCACCAUCAUCGACUCGAUGCACGCUUUCUACCUUCGAUUAUUUCAACACCACUGUCGGUCGAUUUGGGGUAUGGAUGUCACUCUCGAAGAUGGGGACGGGAUCACCUUCGAUCGCACAGGCACACAGCCUACUGAAGCCCAGGUUCGACAUGGCACGCAUAUCCUCCGCCACGGCACAGAGGAAGCGCUCAAAGGGCUAUCUGUUCCCGUUCUCCGUGAGCUAUGUCGCGAGACAUCUACCUUGAAUUUCCGGGGAAAGAAAAAGUUUCUUGUCGACAGAUUGCUUCAAUAUCGAGUCCGGCAGGGCUGGUUCACGGACACAGGUCGAUACGUACCCCCCUCCUCGUCUGAAGAUCCUGCCCCUGUCAGCAACGAUGAAUCUGAACUUUCCAAAGGGCGAACAAUUGAAGACCUUUUCGCGAACGGGAGCAAGACGGACAUCAGGAAGCUCACGAAGGUAGACGCACUUAUCGUGUUCCGUAGCAAGGUUAUGCCGAUGAUUUCUCCACCCAUGUCGGAAGAACUUGUAUCGAGACUGGGGAAGGAGGUUCUCAAAGAGUACAUCCAAAACGAGCGGAAGCGGCUAGGCUUGAUAUCGUCGGACGGAUCGAGCCCUGCAACUGCGCCAAGGAAAACGCGUGUCCUGGGUAGAGGAGUCCUGGAGGAAAUACGACGCGAUAUGGUGCAACUGCGGGUCCCCACUUGGCAAGCGCUUGCUCCAAAGCGACCGGGAGAAAAGAAAUGGGGCAAGUUCACCGCAGAUCAAUGGAGGACCUUCUGUAUGAUUAACCUUCCAAUCACCCUCAUCCGCCUGUGGGGAAGCAAGCCUUCUGGCUCUAUCGAACGCCGCCGCCUCGAGAACUUCAUGCACCUUGUCAGCGCUGUCAAGUUAGCCACCAUGCACCGAUUAAACGAAGAACGUAUUCGCCAAUAUGAAUUUCACAUCCGCCAGUACCUCACGACGCUGCUUGAGCUGUAUCCCGGUACUACCAUCACCCCUUAUCAACACCUCGCUCUCCACUUUGGACGGCAACUGCGCUCUUUCGGCCCAGUACAUGCGUGGCGUUGUUUCCCGUUCGAACGCUACAACUACAUUAUGCAGAGUAUUCCUAAGAAUAUGAAAUUCGGCGAAAUGGAAAAGACUAUGUUCGUUAGGUUUUGCGCCGCCCAGUGUUUAAGGGCAAUCUACAAAUGCUUCGCUCUACCUGCUGCCCUCCACAAAUUGGUUCGGAUUUUCCACGAUCGCUAUAGCAAGGACUACCGCGGCACUCGCAUCAACGAUGUUCUCAUUCACAACAGCCGGUACGAAGUACUCAAAUCUGCGGUAGAAAGCGAGGGGCAAAAGUCAGCGUUCUUGAGAAAGUCGGAGCAUGAAGCCUUGACCCGAUGGAUUUCAGCACAUCAGCCGUACGUCUCCGUCAUCCCCAAGAAAGCUACCUAUCACACGAGCAUCACGCGCCUCGGCCAACGAUUCACCCCAUCUACCUCAUCGAAAACCGAUUCUAGGGUGAUCUUUUCAGUUGGACACUCCGGGGAGUGGAGAGCAGGCCGAAUACAUUCGAUAUUUUCCCAUUCAAGAGACUUCAUGGGUACUAGGGUCAGCCAGACCUUUGCAGCCAUCGAAGAACUUGAAGAGUUGGAGGACGAUUUACGCCACCUGGACCACUACCGCGAGUUUCAGGUUGCUGGGGGCCGUCUGCUCAAGCGAACACUCAGGGGCGAACUCACAGUCGUCGACAUUUCUCAAGUACAGUGCCACUUCGCGGCUUGUCCUCAGGAAAUCGUAGCGGGACCGUUGGUGACAAUUCAAUGCACUACGGUUCUCCCGCUAGACAAGGUGCAUACUGCUCCGUAUCUCUAA